GCCGAAGUGAGAGCCAGGCGGAGCGAAAGCAAACGAGUAGUGAAUGGUGCUUGCUGCAAAGCCUCGAAAGGACCUCCACUGUGCACCAUGUCGACGCCAGACCGCGAUCUUGACCGCCCAUACUCGACGCGUCGCAGCAACGAGCCGUACGGGUCUCCCUUUCGUCGAGCACGCCUUGAGAGUCGCGUAGGGAGCUACACCGACGCUUCUCGCAUCCCCAGCCCGUCACCGAAACAAGGAACACGCUCACGAAGACAAUUUGGGCAGACAAGGACGUUAAGGGGGGCUUUUGAGGCUGCGUCGCGGGCAGUCGCAAGUCCCAUGAGCAUGUCGGACGGUGACCAAUUGGCACAGACGACGCCCAGUCCACAUAGGAGGAGGCCGCGGGUGAACAGCUGGAAAUCGCCGGGAUCGGAUGCAUCGGCUCCGCCUAGAGAGCUGGCAGAAUCCUACCAAAGGAUCAACGAUGCGUUCUCGUUGUCCGAUCUGGUAGAGCAGGAAGAUCAGUCCCAGCUCGAAGAGACACGAAAGAACUGGGGAGGAGGGAAUAAUCGGGACCUAUUCGAUUUGGGAGUCGGGUUUGCGGAUGAGAUCCAUGGCGAGCCGCGACCUACCCGGUUAGCAGAUCAUGCGAGAGAUGAGCAGCGGCUGCGGAGAGCGACCUCAAGUCGCUCGCCCGUAUUCAGCAGGGCCCAAAUGGGUGCUCAGGCAGCGCUGACGGCGGAAAACCUACAACGACGUGAUGGGGAAAUCAACCAACAGAAGGCGGAGGACGGGGGGGGGCAUGAGCCUUCGUUGAAUCUCCCCCGGAGCUGGGGUAGUCGUGGGAGGAAUCUGGACUGGCUGAACAGUAUUGACCACCAGGCUGAGACUGGAUCGCCAGAUGUGAAUAUGGCCCCCCGGGCUUCAUACUCCAAGUUUGGCGCCGAGAUUGAUUCCAACACGCGAUCUCUGCAGCCCACCGAUCAAUCACAAGGAGGGAAACAGUCAGAGAAGUUUAGCCAUCAUCGAACUCGUACAGCCAGCACGUCAGGCAAAGCCCAAGUCAACGACUCAUACAAAGAUACAGCAGAGGGGAAUGCCAUCCCGGACACCCCGAUCGUGAUAUACAAGAAUUCUACGUUCAAUAGGCCGAGUCCGUCGAAGAGAGAUUCGCAAGAUCUGCUGCGAAAAUUGGCAAGAGUAGAGAGCCCCAAUCAAGUGAAGACACCGGAACCGCAAAAACCCACUGAAUGGCAUAUCUACGAUAAAACCCCCGUUGUCACAGGCGCGUGGGUAGAUACUCCGAUAACUGAGCGACGAGAAGAUCGCAUCAUGAAGGAGGCCGAACCGACAAUGCAAGCUAUCUCAGAAGAAGAGGUGCAACAACAACAAGAAGAAGAACAACAAAAACCAGAAACUGGAUCUUCUAUCGAUAACAAGCCUCAACCUACCCCCCAGGAUCCACCCUCGAAGCCUGAGAAGCAGACAGAGUCGCAAGAGCCAGUACCGGCUCCAAAAGACGUGAAAAAACAACCGCCAAAAAAGCGAGCUGUGAUCAAACCAACCCUCCCAAAAAGUGCAUUGGAAACAAUAAUCAAAGCUGCCAAGUCAGACAAGGAUCUCGAUCUCGGAGACGACACGAUCGAGUCUCUCCAACAGUUGCUCUUAGAGGAGGAGGCACCAUCCAAGCUGAAGACCGAGGAAGAGGAAGACGAGGCUUAUAAACAGGCCAUCCUCGCAAAGCUUGGGUCUCCUCCGCUGAACGACAGUGAGAUGGCCGAUUUCGACCGGCUAGAUGCCAAGCUUCUCUCGCUGGCUCGGGGGAUGGAGGAGGUGAAGCAAGGAAUGAACAACCUGGGGGUGCAGGUGUCUCACUACACGAGCAGCCUCACCUCUCCGACUGUUGCCACUAAUAAGAAGAACCGCACAAACGGCGGGUCAAGCUGCCAUGAGUGCGGCGCCGGCAGCAACAAUCUACAGGCUUCCUCGAUCCGCCUCCCACGUCUCUGGACCCGGAACCAACCGACGGGACGGACACGUCCGACGCGGCUCGGAUGGGCAACGCUCAUCUUUACAGCUUGGUUGCUCACCGAGUCCACCAUGUGCGACCUCUACUGCCAUCCGAACGUGUCGACAGUGUGCAAAGGAAACUGCCUGCGGCCCGAUGCCCCGGAUUUCCCAUUUGUACUCCCCAUCAUGCUGUGGCGCUGGUCGCGCCUGUCAAAUAUUCUAGCCCCCCUGUUUGCCGUCUUUGUCGCGUGCGGCCGGCUCAUCGCACAACUACUGGGCAUCUGGGACGGCUACGUGGAAGACGUGCCACGACGGCCUCCAAAUCUGACGGCGGGGGAGAUACGUCUGCACGGCACGGUGGUGACACAAUUCCCUGCCGUUGCGACUGCGAAUGUGCCGGUGAAGGAAGAAUGGCUAGGACAGAGGCAAUCGACCGAUGGAUGGGAGGAUUAUCAGUAUUCUAUGGAGGAUGACGAGAUUCUUUAGCGUUGAGUAUGUAACGUAACUUUCAGUUGGAUCAAUACCCUAAUUCUUCGCUAUAUCAAAACUAUAUGACAUGACAAUUA